AUGGCUAAUUAUGAAACAAAUGAUAAUGAAUAUGAUAAUUUAUUUUUAAUAUGGGAAUAUAGAUUAGCUAGUCAAUAUCCAUCUAAAUAUAAUAUACCUACUAAUGAAAAUCCUAAAGAAAUAUUUGAAAGAUUAAAAGAAGCCUCAAGAAUUGCUGAAUUAUGUUCUUUAAGUGAAUUAUUAAAUUCAAGAUCUUUAGAAUAUCUUGUAACACCAUUAAUAAGAAGUAAUUAUCCAAAUUUUGAAGAUAUGUCAUUUGAUGAAAUAGGUAAAUCAAUAAUAUCAUAUUACAAUAAUUAUAUUAAUAAUAAUAAUAAUAAUAAUUUAGAAAAAAAAGUUUGUCAAUUUGAAGUUUUAUGUAUUGUUAUUUUAUUAUUAAAAAUUUAUUUACAAUCAAAUUGGACAGGUCCACCUAAUAUUAUAAAUUCAAAAAUUGCUCAAGAGUGGAAAUUAAAAAAUGAAGAUAAAAUAGAUGAUAUUGGUAAUAUUUUAAUUUUUGGACCACAAGAUUAUAAUUCUGAUAAUCUUGAGACCAAAUUUACAAAAAGAUGUAUUGAACUCCUUGAGAUUGAUGGGGAAUAUAUAUAUCAAAGAUGUGCUGCUAUACCAUAUUUAACUUUUAGUAUAAUAUUAAUUGAAAUAUUAUCAGAGAAUUCAAAUAACAAUUUAGAUUGUAAUUCAUUAUUAAUUAAAUUUAUAAAUGAUAAUAAUAAUAAUAUAUCAUAUUUAACUUUAAUACCACUUUGGAGACAGAGGAUUUAUAGAAUAUGGCAAAGAAGUCUUGAAGGUGGUGCUAAAAAUGCUGCAUGCUCAUAUCUUGAAGAAAUAAUAUUGAUAAAUUAUUCAUCGUGGUUAUUUAAACAUUUCAAUAUAGUUUUAAAAAAUUUUAAUAUAAAUGAUAGAUUUAAAAAUGAUCUUUUACGGAAUUUAAAAUUUGAUUUAAUAGAUAAAGAUAUAUGUAUAAGAAUACCACAUAAUAUUAUAAAAGAAGAUAUAAUAUAUUACUUACUUGAUCUUUCAAUAUCUUUAGCAAUGUAUGGUAGAGCUAAUCCAUGUGCAGUAAUAUUACAACUUAUUGCAAAGAUUGAAGGAUUUACAUAUAACUUUACGGGCGCAUUAGGUAAAAGAAGAAUAUCUCAAUUAGAAAGUACUUCUCAAUUAGUUGUUGAGAUUAAUAGAAAAAAUAGAAGGAUAUUUAAUUUAAAUGAAAUAGUAGUACAAAUGAAUGAUUUAAAUUUAGAUAAUAAUAAUAAUUUACCAGUAAAUAUUUUAUUAGAUUCAGUUAAUGAAGAUAAUGAUUUAUAUGAAACAGUUAAAUUAGAUGAAAAAGAAGUUGAAGGUUUAUGUAAUUCAUUAAACCUUGAAGAACAAUGUGUAUUAUUAUGUCAUGGUGUUUCUUUAUAUGAAACAAGUCCUUCAAAUGAUAUGAUGGCAUAUGAACAAUUAGAAGCAUUAAUGAAUAGAAUUAUUCAACUUGAUGUUUCUAAAAUUGAGAAUAAAUUAAUUAAAUCUCAAGUUCAUAAUUGGUUAUUCUAUUCAACAGCUUUAUGGUAUCGUUGUUAUUCUGAACAUCAUAGAGGUAGAACAGCUGACAGAGCUUGUUUGCAACUUCAAUCACUUGUAGACCAAUUUAAAGAUGAAGAACCAGAUGUAUUAGAACGUUUAAGAUUUAUUUUUUCAGUUAAUUAUCCAAACAUAUGGGAAGCUAAGAAGGAAUUAGGAAUUAGGAUGAUGAGGAUUGGUUCUGUAUUAUCAGCUUAUAAUAUGUUUGUUGAUAUGUGUUUAUGGGAAGAUGCUGUUGAUUGUCUUGUAGUUGCUAAUAGAAAAGAAGAAGCUAUUGAUUUAAUUAAGAAGCAAUUAUUAAUAAGACCAACUCCACGACUUUAUUGUUCAUUAGGUGAUUUAACAAAUGAUUUAACACAAUAUGAAGAAGCAUGGAAAAUAUCUGGUAAUAAAUAUGCUAGAGCUCAAAGAUCCUUAGGAAAUAAUUAUUUUAAGAAUGGUCAAUUAGAUAAAGCUUUAGAUGCAUAUAAAAAAGCAUCUAUUAUAAAUUCAACAAAUGUUAAUUGUUGGUUUUCUAUGGGUUGUGUUGCACUUAAAUUAGAUAAAUGGGAUGAUGCUUUAAAAGCAUUUAGUAGAGUUGUAACUUUAGACCCUCAACAAGGUGAAGCUUGGGCAAAUUUAGCUGCAGGAUUAUCAAAAAAAGAAUUAUGGAAUGAAGCUCAAAACGCAAUUAAUGAAGGACUUAAAUAUUCUAGAGAAAAUUGGAUGAUGUGGGAUUCAUCUCUUAAAAUAGCAAUACAAAGGAAUGAUCUUAAUACUAUUCUUGAAUGCCUUUUAAGCAUGCUUAAAUUAUCAUCAAAUAUAAGUAAAUAUCCUAUAUGGUCUUUACCAAUAAUCAUUGAUUUAUUAAAGAAGACUCAAUUAAAUAAUACUAAGGAAUUAUCAUAUUCAUUAUUAGAUAAAGCUUAUAAUUUAUUAAAUCAGAUAUCACAAGUUUUAUCUAAACCAGUUGUAUUUUAUGCCUUAUGUGAAAUUCAGAUGAUUAAACAAGAUUUUAUUUCUGCAUAUUCUAGUAAAUUUAAAGAAUUACGAGGUACAAUUGAUGUUGUUUUUAAUAAUAAAAUUAAUAUGGUUAAUAAAGAAAAAUAUAUUAGAGAUAUUCCAAAUAUGAUUCAUGAAUUAAAGAAUAUUAUUAACAAAUGUACAGAUGGUCGUAAUAAUUUCAAUAAAAGAACUGAUGAAUUAGAAAUGGCAAUAAAUACUAUUUUAAAGAGAUUAGAGGUUGAAUAUCCAAAUUGGACAGACUUUUUACAUGAUGAAAUAUCAACAAUAUAG